UUCCAGGGACAUCCAUCCUAAAACCGUACAAAAUACAUAACAAAGCGGGCUAUAGCUCGGAUUAAUUCAGUGAAAUCCAUGAAAUUCAGUGCAAGGACACGAAUAACGUCUUCAAACGUGUAUAUUAUUCUACUGGCGUCAUACAUGAAUUAGUUAUGGCUGUAAAAUGAUCUCUAAAUGACAUGUACUCCACUGAACAUAUGCUACAAAUAAUCAAUAAGCAGUUAUGGAUUGCAAAUACAGUAUCUCCUCGAAUGUCAUCUGGAAAGCCGUUACGUUGUCUUGACAGGCAGGAGAAAUAGCGAAUGAAAACUUGGGCUCUUCGUCUGAUGUUUUAACUGACAGGCACAACAGCCAACCGGAGCUCAGCAGUCAGCGUCCGGUUGCCUCCGUGAGCUCGGUAACAAGGGGGGUGGGGGUCAAAGAUACGCAGAGAAAACGGGCUGCUGGUGGCGAAGAUGGCGGAUGGGGAUAGUGGUAGUGAGCGCGGUGGCAGCAGCGGUGGCGGAGGGGGUGGAGGCGGCGGGUUUCAGCAUUACCAGCGGGAACCGGAGACCCAGGAACUGGCGUCGAAGCGGCUGGACAUUCAGAAUAAACGUUUCUACCUUGACGUAAAGCAGAACGCCAAAGGCCGGUUCAUCAAAAUCGCCGAGGUCGGAGCUGGCGGCUCCAAAAGUCGGCUGACCCUCUCUAUGUCAGUUGCGGCGGAGUUCCGUGACUACCUGGGGGAUUUCAUAGAGCACUACGCCCAACUUGGGCCUAGUACUCCGGAGCAGAUUGCUCAGUCCUCCGGUGGGGAUGACACCGGGCCUAGACGGGCCUUGAAGAGCGAGUUCCUGGUGCGUGAGAACCGAAAAUACUACCUCGACCUAAAGGAGAACCAGCGGGGUCGGUUUCUCCGGAUCCGACAGACCGUCAAUAGAGGCCCUGGUUUCGGAGUCGGAGUGGGUGGCAUUCCCGGUGCUGGCCUGCAGGCUGGACAAACCAUCGCACUCCCGGCCCAAGGCUUAAUAGAGUUCCGUGACGCCUUGGCCAAGUUGAUAGACGACUACGGGGGAGAUGAGGAAGAGCUUGCCGGUGGCGGAGGGGCCGGGGGCUACAGCGAGCUUCCGGAGGGCACCUCAAUCAUGGUGGACUCCAAGCGGUUCUUCUUUGACGUUGGAUCCAACAAGUAUGGAGUUUUCUUGCGGGUGAGCGAAGUAAAGCCCAGUUACAGAAACUCUAUAACAAUCCCCUUCAAGGCGUGGAGCAAGUUCGGGGGAGCGUUCAGCCGCUACGCCGAGGAAAUGAAAGAGAUCCAGGAGAGGCACCGGGAUAAGAUGUACGAGAGGAGAGCCGGAGAGGAGUCGGAGGGAGACGAUGUGGACGACGAUUGAUGCAGAGAGGAGUGGUGGCUAUUUGUGAUGGAGCUGACAACAUGAUGCAAAGCCUGGAUAUAAACAGAGAAACGGAGAGAGAGGAACGACUAUUCUGUGCAUGAUGAAAUGAAUCCGGAGUUAAAUAAUUAAAAAAAAGUAUAAUUGACUGAGAAAUUACUGUCUAUAUAAGAGAAUAAUGUUAUAAAGUUUAGGUGGAUGUUAUAGCUAAUUGAGUGCAGACUGCAGUAGUCAGCUCCUGUAUGAGAUUUCCCCUUUGAUUUAAAAAAUAUAUAUGAAUAUAUAUCUAUAUAUAAAUAUAUUGAUUGUCCAUAUGACCUCACAUGUAGCCCAGCAAAUUAAGUUUGGCAGAGACACAGCAGUAGAUUACCGGUACCACUUUCUAGUUGACAUCAAAUGGUAAGAGCUCACCUGGCGCUGACCUGUAGUCUGUGUGAUGAUAAUAAGGAAGUGUGAAACAUGUGACAUACCCAAACCAGCAGGUGCAGUGUGCCAGUGAGCCAGAGCACCUGCACCGUUCACCAUGGCUGUGUGUGUUUCUUGUCUAAAGUGACCUGUAAUGAACAGCUUGCCCAGACAGACCCACAACGCUCAGAGCCACAGUUUCAGCUACCUGGGAGUGGGGUGGCACCCUUGGCAUCACCGGACAUCCUCUCAGCCCAGUGAGGUUCCCUGUAAGGUGAUCUGUUACAAGCACACGACUCAUUUGGAUUCUACAGACAAUCCAAAUGAGUUCAAAUGACCUCCCACCCUUCUUCUCUCCUUGUUUUGCACCCUUCCACUUUCCCUCCUGGGCAUUCCUCAGGUGCUGACUUCUUGCUCCGAUAGCUGAAUUGCGGUGUGGCCUGCUCACACGUGGCUCGUUGUGUCUCAGGGCUGGCAAGUCCCAUCUGUAUUUUGGGGUAUAUAUCUAUAUAUAUCAGCACUACCUGUGCCUGUGCAUCAUCCUCAAGAGGUUCUGGGUGCAGAUCUGGUCAGCCAGUUGCUGCAGCUGAGCCAUCUGUGGCAACUGAUGAUGUCUCCUAAGAUGCAUGGCCACGUCUGACCCCUGUGACCUUCUUCUCAAAGGGGGACGCAGUGAGCUCAGGCCUGUAGCACUGGUCACGAAUUUUAAAAAAGCUUAAUAUUGCCGGGCUUGAGCUACAGUCUCAAGGGUAUUGAUCUUGUUGACUCACUUAGGGUUCACCAUUUGGAUCCUCUAAUCUUGAACUCAGACCAUUAAUGACUGAAGUACUAUUCAGUCUGAUUGUAACAUAAAUUAGGUGCUUUUGGAAAACUAAAACCCAUAAUGGGGUGCUGUACCUAAAGGAACAUAAAGAAAAAUAUAUAUACUGGAAGAGAUUUACUUACUAAAAAAGAUCAAGUAUAGAUAGAAUUAUUUUUCAAAAGAGAUAUAUUAAAAUAUGUCUUAGAAAUACGAGACAUUUAAUAGAUAAUGCUGCCUAAAGUGGCUUAUUUAAAACACUAAACUUGGAUGCAAAUGUCCAGGGUGAUAUUUCAUACCUGCUUUUUUCCUAACGUCUUUUUUUUUUUUUCCUUAGAGGAAAUUAAAGAGAGUACAACAAAUUGAUAACAGAGUAUGUUAUAGCAAUUUAUAGAAACAACUUCACUGAAGUAGUUUGUCAGCAAACACUCAGCACUCCAGUUCACUUUACAGAGCAUCGAGUUGUCCCCUCGUUUCAGUCCACACCUUUUAACCCAUGUUUUGUCAUGAAUUGGCUUUCCAUCAGUUGCCAAAUGGCGCAAACAUAAACACCUGAAGUCAUCGACAUUUCGUCUUUAGUGCUCCUUUUUAAAAUAUGAUCAUUUUUGCAUGCCUGCUCUUACGCGGAGCUGCCUUGUGUUCUUUUCUUUUGCAUAUUCUGAUUGCUGUAUAAUGGUAUUUAUCCAUAUUUUUUGAGAGCGGUUUAAAGUUUUAUUUCUGCAUUGCAAUAGACAAAAGAAAGUUUACUUCACAGCCUAAUUAAAAAAAAAGCCACAACUUUCCCACAUAUUUUGGGAAAUGUCACUCUCAUUGUCCCAUUUCCUUUGGUGUGCAAAACCUCUCGUUGAAUUUUACUUUACCCACUUCAACACAGCAGAGAAAUGCCAUAUGAAAAAAAUAAACACCUGGGAGCAAUAGUUUUUUUUUCUUUUCUAUUGAUAUGAGUAUACUAUAUAUGAUAUUACACAUGCGAUUGAACUACAUCCUUCUUCCUGUACUGUGUUACGUGAAAUGGCAGCUGUUUCAGUCAUGUGUGUUCUGCUGUAUUCUACCAAGUUCCUUUCAACGAGAAAUAAAAAAAAAAGAUUUUUUGCUCAGGA